UUCAGUCAUUCAGAAGUUGGUAAUCAGGUCUGCAGGUCAUGCUCUCGUGCUCCACUGCUUGGUCUUGGUGUGCGGUGGGCUGUUCACAGGCCGGUAGCUACUCAGUGGGAGCUAAAUUUAGGAGAGGUGAUCAGGUUCUCUCUCUCUGUGUGCACAUGAUACUGUCCUAGUUACUUGAGCAAUGUCCCGUCUCAUAUUGUCGCACACUCUCAACAAACCCAGACGCACACUGAUCCUCUUCUUCAGGAGCUCUGUCCUCGUACUCAUCGAUUGAAGCGAAGGACGUGUACACGCCGGACUUUGGUUGGACUUAAAUAAUUUUGGCCUGGUCCUGUGGAGCUUCCACUUCUGUCUCCUGCUUCUGUUUCUUCAUCCUGUUACAGCCAGCCCCUGGCGGGAGAGAAACACCGCUGACCCGCCAUGUUUCUUGCACUUGUGGUGACACCAGAGUUGAGGCAGUUCUUGGCCAGGGCAAGAGGUGGAACAGUGCGCCUCAUCAAGGUGCGCAUCCAAGACGAGCAGCUGGUGCUGGGGGCCUACAGAGAGCCAGAGAAGAGCUGGGACCAGGAUUAUGAUCGCUUUCUGCUUCCUCUCCUCGAUGACCAGGAGCCCUGCUACAUCCUGUACCGCCUAGACUCCCAGAAUGCACUGGGCUACGAGUGGGUCUUUAUUUCGUGGUCUCCAGACCAGUCUCCAGUGAAACAAAAGAUGUUAUAUGCUGCCACGCGAGCCACAGUGAAGAAGGAGUUUGGCGGUGGCCACAUCAAAUACGAGCUAUUUGGCACAACCGAAGAGGACAUCUGCUUGCUGGGCUACCAGCACCAUGUGUCAUCCUGCUCAGGUCCUGCCCCGCUCACAUUAGCUGAGCAGGAGCUCCAGAGGAUCAAAAUUACAGAGGGCCGGGUUAAACAGGUGACGACAGAGAUCAGUGUUGAGAGUAAGCACCAGACUCUUCAGGGCCUCGCGUUUCCCUUACAGGAUGCAGCCAAAAGAGCCCUACAGCAGCUCGCCCAAAAACGCAUCAACUACGUGCAGCUGAGGCUGGAUGUAGAGAAGGAGACAAUUGAGCUGGUCCACUCUAACCCGACAGAAACUCGAGAUUUGCCCUGCAGAGUUCCCAGAGACACUCCCAGAUACCACUUCUUCCUUUACAAACACUCCCACGAAGGGGACUACCUGGAAUCUGUCGUGUUCAUAUACUCCAUGCCAGGCUACAGCUGCAGCAUUAAGGAGCGGAUGCUGUACUCCAGCUGCAAGAGCAGACUAUUAGAGGAAGUGGAGAAAGAUUACCAUUUGGAAAUCGCUAAAAAGUUGGAGAUCGACGACGGAGAUGAACUGACGGCAGACUUUCUGUACGAUGAGGUCCAUCCUAAGCAGCACACCCACAAACAGGCUUUUGCUAAGCCCCGAGGCCCUGCAGGAAAAAGGGGACACAAGCGGCUUAUUAAGGGGACAGAAGAGGCCGUGCAGGACAGCUAGUUCUGUCUGCAGAUCCUGGACUUCCCCUCUCUUCCUCCAGACCCAUUAACACCUCAUUAGGACAAGGGGAACAUGCACAGUGAUGCCUUUCCUCUACCGUUUGUGUGCUGAAACAAUUGUGAUACAUAGAAAAUGUGUUUUUAGUGGAAAUGUUCUGAUGAAUUAUCUUGAAUGUGCCUCUCUGGAUCAGUUUACUACAGACAAAGAGCAUUCAGAAAGAUAGAUAGUGAUUUUAUUUUUAUUUUUAAAGCAAAUCUGUUCUUGAAUUAUAUGAAAUAACUCUGCAGUUUACAUUAUAAUACAAAAGGACUGAAUUAGAAAUGCAUGGGGAAAUGUUUCAGACAUCAUCUUGCCUCCAGUACAAGUUUUGUAUCAACCGUGUUUGUAAGAACAGUCAUAAUUAAAAAGAGGGGAAAAAAAGUGACAUGAAAAGAAAUUCAAAAUAAAAUUUUGUUUAUACUGUGGUAUUAUUUACACUUCAGGGUAUUUCCACUCAGCACUUUUCAUUGAAGAGAAGUCAAGCUCCGGCUUUUGAAAGACCUCACUGUGUCACGUUAACUAGAUAAAAAUCAGUUCAGCUUGAGCUCUGACCUGUGUAUUCAUACCAUGCAAAUCUGCAUCCAAGGCCUGCCGUGAAGACUUGGUCAAAAGAUUCAUUUUCAUGGCUGCAGUCGCCUCGCCUGAAGAAUCAGCCUGAGGAUUACGAAGAAACCGUAAGCUUUCUUCAUAAUCCUCCUCCACUGUGUCUUCCGCACGCCUCCACAAAACACAGGGCCACUUUAUCCCAUCUAUUACAUUGUUUAUAUUGUUACAUUGUUACUCCUGAGUGGAAUGGCUAUUCUAAUAUAGGUCAAGUUUUCUAGUAACAGAAUUUACCCUAAUUAGUAGAUGUAAUGCCUUUGAUCAUACUUUCACUACCAUGAGCAUCAGCAUGACUUACAAGGAAAGGGUGCUGCUGUUUAACAGGUGUGUGUGUGUAAUGCUUAUUUAGGGCAAUCUUGCAAAUAAUUAACCACAGCUGAGGAAAAUGUCAUUAGUUUUUGUAGCAAUAAAAAAACUUUGACACUAAAGAUACUUAAAGGAACGCUGACCCGCCGCACUCCAAACUGUUCACGCAUUUUAGACAAAUUCCCAAAAGCCAGCGUCGUGGUGUCGCAGGAGGAAAAAGUCCAGCAGACGUUAAGGUUCUUCAGCUUGGAUUGAAGCGGUGGGCAGACUGACCGACCAACCUCUCAUUGCCGUCCAACUUACCUACACCAAAGCACUGCUAAUGUCUUUUAAACAUUGCAUCAGCAUAUUCAGGGACAUGAUUUAGUUUUAAUGAAGCCAACCUUGUGUUUUCUCCAAUGUAACACAUUAUCACAUUUAUUUGGAGAAAGAAAGAAAAAUCCACAAAAAUAAUGCCAGAGGAACAAUUUCACAGCUUUGGUCGGUUAAAUCUACUAAAUCAAACAGUUUAAAAAAAAAAAAAAAAAAAAA